AGUGGUGGCUGGUCGUGAUAUACUCCCAUACUGCUCUGCAUACGCUUCUUCAUGGACUAUGUCUUCAAUCACAGAGUAUUAAGUGACUGCAAGCCGGCUUUACAGUCACUUUUUCCUUCAAAAGGUUACACCCAAUGACUUAAAAGCACUCCUUGCCGCUUGAUUGCACUCUCGCAAUCAUGUCGAAUCCAAUGGUCCUGCCUCCUAGUCCACCUUCAACCUCUUCUCGACGUAAAGCCGUCCUCCCUAAGCCUCUGGCAGAUGCCACGAGUACACCAGAAUCAGCAUCAUCCUUCCCAGGCUCCUCCACCGCAGGCGGUCGAAAACGCGUCGAAUUCUCGACUGGAACCAAUCCUCACGAGCCCGCGUCUUCUUUGCAGCGUGCGUCCAGCCUACCUCAAGUCAGAUCACUGCCACCCUCCUCGGAAUGCCAAAUAUCCCUCAAAUCUAUCCUCAAGCCUGUUGCUGCUGAGGAUCAGCCGCUCCUAUCUGUCCACCAUCAACAGGACCGAGACUGUUCAAUGCACGAAAUGAUGGAGAGCAUUGUCAAUCAACUGUCCCAGGACGACAGAAAGAUAUCCUUGGAUGCGUAUCGGACCCUCACGUCGGUCGUCCGAGAGUACGACGAGAUACCAGAAGAGGCUGUGUUGAGAAGCAAGAUCAAUACUAUCUUGAAAUAUAUUAAAAGAGACCUAUCCAGACAAUCCAAGCCGGAUGAGUCACCUAUUGCUGAUACAAACUUGGUAACCCAAGCUCUGAAAGUACUCGUCAUAUUUGUUUGGAGUCGAGAAUAUGCUUCGUUGCUUUCGGACGAGUAUCGUGCUUUUAUUCUGGAUCGCUCUAUCCAAGUCAUUGACGAACAUACUGCUUCCAAGAGUGUCAUAAUGCACUAUCUACAUCUGCUCGCCACGCAAGACUUUCGCCCAGGUCUCAUCACAUCCAACAACCGAGUCGCGCGUCUCCUGGAAGCACUCCAAGUAAUACCCGAACAUGUCAAAGGGAACGGGGUGGUCUCUGAAAGACUGCUGGUCUAUCAGAGGCUUUUGGCCCAAGCGAAACAACUGAUGAAAGCGAGAGCAAAUCUCUGGGUCGAGGAACUCCUGACGGGCAUGACGAGCACAUUGAAGGAUAUUCGAGUGAAAGCCAUGGCCUUGGGCAUGAAAGCAUGUUCCGAAUUUCGAUCGUCGAUGUCGAUCUCAGCAACAGUCAGAUCAAUUCUCGAGAAAGAAUUGGCACCGAGCAAGAAAUUCAGCUCAUGCAUGUGCAGAAAACUUGAGAAGAUGAUCAGUGCUAGAGAGGAAGCAUCUCAAGUGCCGCAGAUCUGGGCUAUUGUAAUCGUGCUUAGCAAUGGACCGGAUACACAAAUCAACACCUGGUCAGAGUUCAAGGACUGGCUGACUGUCAUCCAAAGAUGCUUCAACAGUAGCGAGUCCGCUGUCAGACAGCAAGCUAACAUGGCUUGGAACCGCUUUGUCUACCUCGUCCGUCCUCAUGAAGCCUCAGGCAGUCUCAUGGCUAUGCUCGCAAAGCCCUUGGCGGCACAGCUAGAGCGUCAAGGCACGGACAAAACUGUCAAGAGUUCUCGAGCAACAGCCGCUUCGAGUUAUUGCAACCUGUUGUACUAUGCUUUCCGAUCCAAGGCAACACACAAGGAGUACACGCGGGUCUGGAAUGAGUACAUUGUCAAGGUGAUGAAGAGCUCGUUGUUCGAAAAGAAUGCCGCAAAUUCCGAUCUCGCUUGCCGUAUUCUCAUUGCUCUUCUCUGGAACCCCAAUACAAACAGGAAAUUGUACAAUGACGCUCGAGGGUUUGAGAGCACACCUGUUGAUCCGGACGAACUUCCGACAAUCGAUUGCAAGUGGGUGCGUGCCCGAGCUCUCGGCGUCAUCGAGAUCUUCAGCGUUCUUCUGCGAUACAGCUCUUGGGGAGCAUCCGGUCAAUCUGAUAGAGCCUACAUUGCCGUGGCUUGGACACACUUUCUCAAAGCCCUGCGAGAAGCCAGCAGCAAGGAAAUCAAACCAUCUUCUGAAGCUAGACAUGCAACCACUAGCGUUCUGGACUUCUUGGGCCGCUUAUGGAUCGAGAGCAGCAAACAGAAGGAUGAUGCUUCUGGGCAGACCCGUUGUCCAAGCAUUGCGCAGAUACGGCAGAUGACACGAAGCGCAGUUAUUGAACUAGGUGCAGACCCCGUGCUGGCCAGUCUGGGGGAGGAAAGCGCUGAAAUCGAAAAUACCUUCAUUCUGGGAGAAUGCUUAAAAUCAGUACUUGCUGCAUUGAAGAAACUCACACAAGAUGAACAGCUGCGGUCACAGCUUCACUACCCUAAAAUCACUCUGGGAACUUUCCUCUCGCAUUACGAAAAGGGUCUUGAACUUCUCAAUGCAUGCAUCAUGGGAGAAUUACAGUCAGAUGGACUCAACCUUACCGCUCUUGUCGAAGCUCUCACCACCAUCGAGCAAGUUCUUUCAGGCGUCUCCGAGCAGCAACUUGUACAAACAUUUUCUACUAUAAGCGGUGCCCUUGUACCACUGCUCAAGGACGAAGGCCGCCAAUUUGGGGACUCUCCAGAUGAGGACUUCACUCGGGCCUACCAGAAAUUUGUCAAGACUGUUAUGCACGCACUUACCAAGGUCCCCUCUUCUGCUGUAUCGAUGUUGGACGAGAUAUUUGCAGCUCCUUUCGAAAGCAGUCAUGCUUCUGGCAGGGCUGUGGGUGCCGAGCUGUGGGACACAUAUUUUGCGAAUCAACAAAGUCUGGUUGCUGGACCACGCCUCCUGGAUGCCCUCGAUAAACUCGGGAAUGCGAUGGAUGCCGAAGUAUCUGAGGCUCAGCAGAGUCCCGAAGAUCAUGAUGAUGGCCACGGUCCAGUGUCAGACCCUGCAAACGCCGGAGGUCCUUCACCACACGAUCAUGCGCAUGGCGGUCCUGAAAAGAUGCAGCCAGCUGGCGAAGAGUCUCCGAUUUUGGGCAGUCAGCACCAAGAACUUGAUAUGGCGCCGACGUCAAGACCUCGAUCAAGACAUGAUGACUCCCAGUUGCAUUUUGUGGCCAUUGAAUCGUCCCCAGUUGCACAUGAGGAGCCCGAGUCUCAGUUUCUGACUGCCCAUCAGAAAGAAGUCCGAGACAGGCAACGGUCAGAGCCAGCUGUUGUAUUUCCAGAUUUGAGAUCUACUCCACGUGAGCAUGGCAGAUCAGAAAGUCAAGGAACUUGCGGCUUUGCGCGAAAAGCAGCCGCACUGGCCGAGAGGCCGUCAACACCCACAUUACCCAGGAACCACGAUCAAGAGGAGCCGGAAAUUGCAGCAUCUCCCACACCAAGAGCCCGACAUUUCGCAAAACAGAUUACAGACAUUGAUGUACCUUCAUCGCCACCGUCCAUGCCAGACAAUCAAGAGAAGGAGGCUGGAGAAGGAGAUGUACUUUCGUCGCCACUUCAAGCUCCAGUGGAGGAUGCUCAUAUCGGGAUUGACUUUGCCAUUCCGCAGCACGAGCGCACUAUGGACGAAGGAGCAGUGCAUACAGCGGAAACCUCUAAUGGAGCCGAUGUUGAUGAGGGGCUGGCAACUGAGGAACCGGUCACGGUUCACGAAGAGCUGCCCCCAGUAGCUGCUGAUCCAACUGUCAACGACAAAGAAACAAUAGGACGUGCCGCCGCGCAACAGGCUAUCGAGGUGGAGGUAUACCUUCCAUCGACGGUAGAAGAAACUCCCAUGGAUGUUGAUGCCAACAAGCCUGAAGGAGAGUCAACACCACCUGCAACACCAAGAGCGGACCGCGACGAGAUCGAUAUACUCAGCGCCUCGCAGCUUUCACAGGAUCUCGAUCGUCACAUCAGCCAGGCUGCAGAAGACACCCACGAAAUGGAAGAACUACACCAAGCACAAGUCGAGGAGCCAGAAAGCCAGAGUCAACGCUCACGCGGAAGCCGCAAACGCAAAGCUCCUCGAUCCGCACCCACCGUAGCGAAGAGGACGAGAAGGUCGAAUACAUCAUCCCAACAAUCCAGCGAGUCGAGCGAGCCUCCAGUAGCGCCGUUGAGAGCGGCCGACGUGGAUGAGAUGAUGGACUUUAUUGAAGUAGCACCUUCUCAAGCAACGAAGGACACUGCAUUGAGCGUUCAAACGCAGCCAGCGCUGAAGUCGGCAGAGCCGAGUCCAAGUCAGAGGACUCGUCGGACGAGAAGGAGGGCACGUCAUUCUCAGGCUGCGGACUCUCAGAACCAGCAGGUUGAGGUUGUGGUGCCCAUUACCGCCUCGCAAACUCCCGAAGAUCGAGAGGUCAGUGCGGCAGAUGUGGUCGUCGUCGAAGAUACAAAUGAGGUCGCGCAAGAUCAGCCCGUGGCUGAAGACGUAUCUCCUGAACCUCAGGCACAGGAAAAUGGCGAAGACUAUGCACCCAAAGAGGCUGGCAUCGUUUUUUCGCUGCAGGAUGUUCUGAUGCGACUCACUUCCGGGAAUGCAGGAGAAAUUGACCUACGCGCUGUGGACGAUUUGUGUUACCAGAUUCGAUUUCAAGCCCAGGAGGUUCUCGCUCAACGGAACGAGGCUUGAAUCAGUCCAGUCGAGGAAUCAAGCAGGCAUGAAGGACGAUUGUUGGAUCAUACAUAGUAAGAGGCCAUUAUGGCGGUGCUAUCGGUUUGGAAGAAUUGUAAAGGACUUACUUAUCUGUCACUAGCAAGCAUAGAUCUUGUAUCACAACUGUCACAUGGUCUUGCAAAGCACCAAGAAUGCCCAUGCCUCUACGUGUUCUGUCAAUGUCGAUUCACGUCAAACAACACCCCUUAAAGCCUGUUCCAGAGAAAGUGGCAGCAUUUAACCGCUGUACCUCUC